UUAUUUUAGGGUUCUAUGCCGUUGCCCGCUUCCUUCUUAUCCAAUGCGCAACGAUUCUUCUCUCUCUAUAAAUCCACCCAUAGGCCUUUUUCUUUUUCUCCUUCUCUCAAUCUUACCCUCGCUAGCCCACUUGUCAUUUUUCUCUAUUCCCGUUCUACCCUCUCAAGGGUAGCUCAGGCGUUUCUCUGCAGAUCUCUCUCUGUAAGUAAGAUGAAUCAUUGUAUGGUAUCGCAGAACGUCUUUGCUGCCUGUGAGGAGAUGAGGAGUAACGUUUCGGUGUCUGAACGGAAAGAUUCGGUGGUCUGCCCUAAACCCCGGCGACUCGGCCUUUCUGUCAACGACCCGGUCCGGCCUAUGAGGUGGCAUUUUAGUUAUCAGGCGGAGCUGUCGGAUGCAAGAGCUGGUACAGAACUGCUGGAUAUCAUUCUCACAAAGGGUCCUGAUCAAGUGCCAAGUCUGGUCUCCUCCUCCCCACCUUAUUUCAGCGGCUCACCACCCAGCCGUUCGGCUAACCCGUUGGUCCAUGAUGCCCGCUUCGGCGAGGUGAAACUAGCACCCACUGCAUCCCCGCAGCUGACACCGUUGGGCCUUUCAUCUUCCCCAUCAACAUCAGCGUCUGCCCGGAAAGGGUGUGCCCGCACCAAGUUCGGGCUCAAACCUGCCGCGGUGAGAGUUGAGGGUUUUGAUUGCCUGGACAGGGAUAGGCAGAAUCGCAGUAUCCCGGCCAUGGCCUAAAAGAUUUUCGAAAAAAAAAAAAAAAAACCCAACACAACAAAAAACUAAAACCAAGAGAGUACAAUUGAGGAAAUUUGGAGAGAGAGAGAGAGAGAGAGAGAGAGAGAGAGAGAGAGGUUUUUCUGUCAUUUGUGUAUAUAAAUCCCCCAUCUUACUAAGUGACCAUGUAUGUAUAUUUUGAAAUAAAGGAGAGGAGGUAAACCUUCUUUUCUUAUUAAUUAGGGAAUUGAUAUUUCCACCCCAUAAAAAUGCUAGUUCCAUCCACCAGAAGGGUAGUUUGGUCAUUAUACAGCAAGAAGCUUCCAUGUGAGGUAGAGCAUGUUAUGACCAAAUUGCCCCAUUCUGGGGCUGGAAUGCCAAUUUUAUGGGGCUAGAAAUGCAAUUCCCCUUGAUUGUUGUUGCUAGGUUUUGUGAGAGUUGGGGUCUGUUCUGUGUACGAUUGAGGGUAGGAGGAGUCUUUUUUUUUUUUUUUUCUUGUUUAAAUGAUUCCUUUUUGGUGGAAUUGGCUCUGCGGCCAAUAUCUGUAUAAAGAAUUGUUCAGUUUUUUUC